AUGGAUGUUAGAGACGGUGAUAACACAUUGGAAACAGACAGUGAUGCAAAAACGGAAGAAAAAGUAUUUGGGAAAAGAUUCUACAACCUUGACAGUGAUAUCCAAGUGUGGUCAGAUUUCCUACAAACAGGUUUUCACCCUCGCUCGAUACAUCUUCUUCAAGAUUAUCAUCAUAAUCACCCUGAUCAGCCUUUCAACAUUUUUGGUGUUGGACAACAAGUGUGUAGUGACAAGCGUCAGUGGGACAUCAUAGAGGACAACAUUCGUUACUUCGCCGAAGAGUGUGACUUUUUACAAGGCUUCCAGAUACUUCUUGACAACUAUAAUGCAUUUGGUGGAGUGGCUGCCUCUGUACUGUCUUAUUUAUCUGACGAGUUCGCCUCAAAAUCAAGACUCAGCUUUGCUGUAACUCCGGCAAGUCCUUGUGAUCAGACAGCUACUGAGAGAUCAGCCCGGAUCUUGAACACUGCCCUCAGCCUCCAUCAUUGUGGCGGUGACAGUUCCCUGUUUGUUCCUCUGUCCUUGGCUUCAGCUCUGUGGAAGAGUGUUGGCCCUCCUAUUCAUAUGCCACAUUUGGAGUAUAAUGCCAGCUCAGACUACCACACAAGUGCCAUAUUGGCAGCUUCACUGGACACAAUGACAAUGCCCUUCAGAAAGGAAACACAUCCAGAAAAGAUGGUUGAUGUCACAUCACUGUUGAGUUCAUAUGGGAGAAAGGUCUCAGCAUUGAACACAAGUUUUCCACUUCCACUAAAGCUUGGGAGCUCAAUUGCGGACUGCUUACUUGGUUUUGGUGAAACAGACCCAUGGAUGUCAUUAACUCCUCAUGUGAAAUGUUCCUCUUUGCCCUUGUUCAAUUCCUGUGUAGUUCGUGGAGUUCCUGCUGCCAUGACCAAGUGUGACCCACACCCAGGAAGCUUGCCAGGAUUGCUGUCCUCCUGUAGCAGUGUUGCUGAUGUUCUUGGUCUCUACCUCAGAGAAACAUAUCCAGGCUCCUACAAUACUGCAUGUGUCAUGAGAGAUGGCCUCAAGGUGACAACUCCAUUCCCACAUAUUUUCUCUAGUCACAUAAACCAGCAGGGUUAUCUGACAGACACACUGAGGAGCCCUGUCACUGGAGUUGAAACUGUAGCUGCAAUGACCUCACUACAGUCAAGUGUGGAUGUCUGUAACUAUAUUACCAGCUUAGAGACUUGUGUGUCCAGAUUCAACAUUGCCAAACACCAACACUUUCUGGAAGCAGGUUUAGAAGUGGAUGAGUUCGCUGAGGUCAUUCAGGGCCUGCAACAGUUAGCUCAUUGUUAUCCCACAAAUAAUUAG